GAAGUGUCCGAGGACACCUGAACGCAGCGCAGAGCCAACAUGGCGGCGGGUAGCUCCUCCGUCUCUUGUUGUCUCUGAGAUCCGUCAGGUGGAGCUCCGGCAGCGGCCAGGACCCGAAGGAACGACCCGGACAACAGAUGCCCGCUUCCCCUGCGUCCCUCCCGGUUCUCUUCCAGCGGCUCUCCGGUACGCUGGCGGCGGACUGACGCGGCGGCGGCGGCGGGCUGAAGGUGGAGCGUCUCCCCGGGUUUCCUCACCUGUCUCCCGGGUAUGACUCACCGCAGCAGGUCGACUCCGUCCUCUGAACUGAUCCCUCCACAUUUCUGACGAUGUCCUCGCCUCCAGCCAAGCCUUCCUCCUCCUCCUCCUCCUCCUCCUCCCAGCUGCAGCCCUCCCCGGCGCUGGACUCCCUCUCCGUCUCCUCCCUCCUGUCUGGGGACCUGGACGAUGAUGACGAUGGAGGACCAGGAGGCGAGGAGGAAGGCCUGGGAGAUCUGGAGGUCAACCCCUACGACGGUCUCCCCUUUUCCUCGCGCUACUACGCCCUCCUGGAGGAGAGGCGGCAGCUUCCUGUGUGGCGGCUCCGCCAGAGUCUGCUGGAGAACCUGGAGAACCACAACAUGGUUCUGCUGAGCGCGCCCAGCGGCACCGGGAAGAGCACCCAGGUGGCGCAGUGGUGCGUGGAGUUCGCUCUGUCCUUUGAGUUUUCCCACGGCCUGGUCUGCUGCUCCCAGCCGUACCCUGAGGCGGCGCUGAGUCUGGCUCUGCGCGUGGCCGACGAGAUGGACCUGAGUCUGGGCCUGGAGGUGGGCUACAGGGUGCCGCACGACGACAGCUGCACACCUGACACCUUACUCAGGUUUGUGAGCGACGCUCUGCUCCUGGAGGAGAUGAUGUCGGACCCCCUGCUGCGGCAGUACGGCGUGGUCAUCCUGGACGAGCUGCAGGAGCGCACCGUUCCCACCGACGUUCUGCUGGGUCUGCUCUGCGACGUCUGCCGGCAGCGGCCCGACGGCUUCCGGGUGGUCCUCCUCGCUCACCCCACGCUCGCCCCCCGCCUCGCCGCCUUCCUGGGGCCCUCCGUCCCCCACCUCUCCCUGGACGGCCUGCGGGGCGAGCCCCCGGACCAGGAGGACGGGCGGGGGGCGGACAUGAAGGCGUCGGGCGGAGUGGAGAUCAUGUACCGGGAGCUGUCGUCAGGGAAGGAGCCGGCGUCUGCUGCCUGCCACAUGGUGCUGGAUCUGCACCGCCGCGGAGAGGAAGGAGACGUGAUGGUGUUCCUGGCCAGCUCCCAGGUAAUGCUUUUAUUCCUGCAGUAUUCUGAUUGUAGUUUUAACUUUACAUAAACAAAAUAAGGCUUC